AUGCGAGCUCCAGGUUUCCCCGGCGAGAACGCGCCAUACGAAGGUCCAGGUUUCCCCGGCGGGAACGCGCCAUGCGAAGGUCCAGGUUUCCCCAGCGAGAACGCGCCAUGCGAAGGUCCAGGUUUCCCCGGCGAGUAUGCGCCAUGCGAAGGUCCAGGUUUCCCCAGCGAGUACACACCAUGCAAAGCUCCAGGUUUCCGUGGCGAGUACGCACCAUGCAAAGCUCCAGGUUUCCCAGACGAGUACGUGCCAUGUGAAGCUCCAGUUUUCCCCGGCGAGUACGCACCAUGCGAAGCUCCAGGUUUCCCCGGCGAGUACGCGCCUUGCAACGCUCCAGGUUUCCCCAGCAAGUACGCACAAUGUGAAGCUCCAGGUUUCCCUGGCGAGUACGCGCCAUGCGAAGGUCCAAGUUUCCCUGGCGAGUACAUGCCAUGCGAAGCUCCCGGUUUUCCUGACAAGUAUGUGCCAUGCGAAGCUCCAGUUUUCCCCGGCGAGUACGCACCAUGUGAAGCUCCAGGUUUCCCCGGCGAGUACACGCCAUGCGAAGCUCCAGGUUUUCCCAGUGAGUAUGCACCAUGA